AAGCAAGUCACUCAGACAACCAGGAGCAGCCGAGACAGCUGGGUGGGUGGUGUGGGACGCCGAGCUGUGACCUGUGCCGUGUCCUUUGCCUCGACGCCGGACCCCAUGGCGACGCCUUCACAGAAGAGGAGCACCCGCAGCGGGGCUUCGGGGACCCCCUUGUCCCCAACCCGCAUCACUCGCUUGCAGGAGAAGGAGGACCUGCAGGAGCUCAACGACCGCUUGGCCGUCUACAUUGACAAGGUGCGCUCGCUGGAGCUGGAGAACGCCGGUUUGCGGCUCCGCAUCACCGAAUCGGAGGAGGUGGUGAGCCGUGAGGUCUCCGGCAUCAAGGCUGCCUAUGAGUCAGAGCUGGCGGAUGCCCGCAAGACCUUGGAUUCGGUGGCCAAGGAGAGAGCUCGGCUGCAGCUGGAGCUCAGCAAAGUCCGGGAGGAGCACAAGGAGCUGAAAGCCCGGAAUGCCAAGAAGGAAGGGGACCUGCUGACCGCCCAGGCCCGCCUCAAGGACGUGGAGGCUUUGCUCAACUCCAAGGAAGCUGCACUCUCCACAGCCCUGGGCGAGAAGAGGAAUCUGGAGUCUGAAGUGCGGGACCUGAGGGCACAGGUGGCCAAGCUGGAAAGUGCCUUGAGCGAAGCCAAGAAGCAGCUGCAGGAUGAGAUGCUGCGCCGCGUGGACGCGGAGAACCGGCUGCAAACACUGAAGGAAGAGCUCGAAUUCCAGAAAAACAUUUAUAGCGAGGAGCUGCGGGAAACCAAGCGCCGCCAUGAGACCCGGCUGGUGGAGAUCGACAACGGGCGGCAGCGGGAGUUUGAGAGCAAACUCUCCGAAGCCUUGCAAGAGUUGCGGAGCCAGCAUGAAGCCCAGAUCAGGCUUUACAAGGAGGAACUGGAGAAGACCUAUGGGGCGAAGCUGGAGAAUGCCAAGCAAUCGGCUGAGAGGAACAGCAACAUGGUGGGUGCUGCCCACGAGGAGCUGCAGCAAACCCGCAUCCGCAUCGACAACCUCUCCUCUGAAGUCAGCCAGCUGCAGAAGCAGUUGGCUGCCAAGGAGGCGAAGCUGCACGAUUUGGAGGAUAUUCUGGCCAGGGAACGCGAGACCAACCGGCGCCUGCUCUCCGACAAGGAGCGGGAGAUGGCUGAGAUGCGGGCACGCAUGCAGCAGCAGCUGGAUGAAUACCAGGAGCUGCUGGACAUCAAGCUGGCUCUGGACAUGGAGAUCAAUGCCUACCGCAAACUGCUGGAGGGCGAGGAGGAGCGGCUGAGGCUGUCCCCCAGCCCUUCCUCCCACAAAGGUGCAUCCCGUAGCCACUUGUCCACCCCGGGCUCCUCCAAGAAGAGGAAGCUGGAGGACAGCGAGAGUCGGACCAGCUUCUCCCACCAUGCCCGGACAAGCGGCCGUGUCGGGGUGGAGGAGGUGGACUUGGAAGGCAGAUUCGUCCGUCUCAGGAACAAGUCUAACGAGGACCAGGCGAUGGGGAACUGGCAGAUCAAGCGGCAGAAUGGAGAUGAUCCCCCCAUCACCUACCGCUUCCCCCCAAAGUUCACCCUGAAGGCUGGCCAGGUGGUCACGAUCUGGGCCUCAGGGGCUGGGGCGACCCAUAGCCCCCCCAGCAACGUGGUGUGGAAAGCCCAGAGCAGCUGGGGGUCUGGGGACAGCCUGCGCACUGCCCUGAUCAACUCCAACGGGGAGGAGGUGGCCAUGCGGAAACUGGUCCGCACCGUGAUCAUCAACGAUGAAGAUGAGGAUGAGGACGAUGAUGAAGUUAACAUCCACCACCGCCAUCACCAUGGUAGCUGCAGUGGCUCUGGGGACCCCGGGGAAUACAACCUCCGCUCACGCACAGUGGUCUGUGGGACAUGCGGUCAGCCAGCCGAGAAGUCGGGCAACCAGAACACUGGUAUCAACACCGUGUCCUCGGGCUCGUCCACUUCCAGCAUGACCGUCACCCGCAGCUACCGCAGCAUUGGUGACUCUGGCAGCAUCGGCCUUGGGGACAGCCUGGUGACCAGGAGCUACCUCCUGGGGAGCUCCAGCCCCCGUAGGCAGGCUCAGGCUGUGCAAAACUGCAGCAUCAUGUAACUCCGUGGCACCAUUCCUGUGUUUCCUGGCCGUCUCGAGCUAGUUUUUUCCCAAAGCAAAUUUUUUUUUCCUUUAAAAAAACAAUAUCAAAAACCAAGGUUGGGUUUUUUGUUUUCUAUAGCAGGAAUUUUAUAUAUAUAUAUAUAUAUAUUAAAAAUGCUAACAGAUGCUUUGAUUUUUUUUGUAAAGAAAAAAUCUAUUUCUAUAAAAAAAAACCAAACAAAAAAAAGCUUUUCAGCUUCAAAAUUUUUUUAAAACUUCAGCCAAAGACACCAAGGAAUUAUGUUUACUGAACAGCCAUGCGGGAAGAGAUUGUAGUUUAAUAGCUCUUUAGAUUAUAUCGUUUUUGCCAAAGCUUUUUAUAUAGGAUUGGGAGAAGCAAAGCCAUCCCCGUCAGAGCUGUGUGCUCCUGCGUGCGUUGGGUGGAUCCGCAGAGGUGCUGGGACAGAGGCUGAGCUGAGACCCCCGAUGCUGUUGCAGAUUAUCCUGACUGUGCCGGUGGGCACACGCUCUGGAGGGUUGCUGUCUCAACCCUUUGCAACCCUUUUUUUUUUUUUUUAUCUGAACCCAAAAUUCCCUUUUCUUUCUCCCCCCCCCCCCAUUUUUUUAUUUCACUGCAGUGCUGGCGCGGGGAGCUCCUGGCACCUUGCAGGCGAUGCCCCACGUCUCUCUGCGGCCAUGCGGGCAUUACCCCCCUUCCCAGCCCCUUGCCCGUGUGCACUUCCAUCGCUCCACGUACUGUAUUUCCCAUCCAAGGCACCUCUUGUCCUUUGGGUUUUCUUUGUUUUUUUAAGCAGCCGAGUUGUGCCUUAGCCAAGGUGGGGGCCGCUCCAGAGCAGGGCUGGGAGGGACCCCGCACGGCAUCGAGGGUAGAUGGAGUAGGGAAAGUGAAAACCCACCGGAGCUGCAUCCCGGGACCAGAUGGAUUUAGCGGAUGGGGGUGAUGGACCUCGCUCCCAAGGGCUCGGAUCCAGUGGGACCUCCUCUUUGGGAGCUGCUGCACCCAGUGGGGUUCACCCCUGGUUUUUUUGGCUCUUCUCCAGUGGCAGGAGCUCAGGACCCCAUUUCAGGGCAGGAUGAGGCCAAGGAUGCUUAGUCCAAGACAGGGCUGGUUUGCCAGGAAGGCACUGAGGAAGGCUUUUUGUUUGAGUGAGGCAGAUUUUGGGGUCCAGCACGGGCAGCUCCCCUCUCUGCAAGGGUCCAUCCAGCCAUUGAUGGAGAUUUCAGCUUUUUGCCUCGAUUGGGGAAUGCCUGCAGCACCCCCUGCCUCAAGUACAUCCUGGGGCAGGAUCAGGUCCCCAGCACAAGCCCCCCACUCCGGCAGGAUCUAGUGAGACCGCGUAUGUAUCUGUGCUUGCAAAGCUUCUGUAUUACUGCCUGUAUUUCCUUCCAGAAUCAAUACAGCCGAACCGUUCCCA